UUUGUUGUGUGAAUUACACUGUGACGGCUUAUGUACUCAGUAUUAGUUAGAUCUUUCUGUAGACAAAAUCAAAAAGGCUUGCGAGCUAUUAAUUCGUGAGUCGGUUAUCUUCCUUGGAUAAAUCUACAUUAACACCAGAAUCCUGAGCCACUGUUAAACAAGAUGGCGGAUAUUUAUCGCUAUCACCACCAUUUCUACUACACUGGCUCCGGUCGAUCUCUUCCACAUAGCUGUCAUUGCCGAAAAAAACGCCAUCGUUCUCCGCCUAUCACUCAACCUUCUCGGCCUUGUCCUCUUCAUCCCUGUCGGAGGAGCCAUAGCUGUGAGUGGAUCACUGACAGGAAUAAGAGUUAUACCCUUAAACAACUUCACGAACCAGGCCAUGCCAACAAGCAUAACGGAAAUAAGACUUCUGCCCAGAAGCCUAAGUUUGUACCAAUAACAAGACUUGAAGAUGACCAGGUCAUCAGAGCUGCAGAAUUUCACCCGAAUGGCUUGUUUUAUGCGACAGGGGCUAAUUCGAAGGCGCUGCGAAUAUGUGCUUAUCCGAAGAUACACGAGAUAAGAGAAAACUACGAAACACGCGAACCAGCGGUCUUGAUGAAGAGGAUGAAACAUCAUAAAGGCUCCAUCUAUUGUGUGGCUUGGAAUGGAACUGGAGACCUGCUAGCAACAGGUUCUAAUGAUAAGACUAUCAAACUGAUGAGGUUUAAUCAGGAAAUAUGUAACGUUGAAGGUAGCGCAGCGGAGCUGACGAUGCAUAAAGGAACUAUACGAGACUUGUGUUUCAUGGAAGAUCUCAGUAAUCGUUCCAGUUUGCUGAUCAGUGGUGGAGCCACGGACAAUAAGAUUUUCAUCACGGACUGUGAGACAGGAAUGACGUUUCAGACCUUUACUGGGCAUUCUGGCACAAUCUUAUCCCUUUAUACGUGGGGAGGCGCCAUGUUUGUCAGUGGAUCUCAUGAUAAGACAAUCCGUCUGUGGGACUUACGGUCCAGAGGCUGCGUUAAUGUUAUAUCCGCUCCAUCCGCUUCCGGUUCUGGGCCAGGAAGCCCAGUGGCCGCAGUGUGUGUUGAUCCAUCAGGACGGCUGCUUGUCUCGGGUCACGAUGAUUCCACGUGCAUGUUGUAUGAUGUCACUGGCGGGAAGAUAAUUCAGUGUUUUCAGCCUCAUACCGCAGAAAUUCGAACGAUUCGAUUCUCCCCCAAAGCCUACUAUCUACUCACUGGAUCUUACGACCACAAAGUUGUUCUGUCAGAUUUACAGGGUGACCUAUCUCAGCCAAUUCCAAACGUCGUGAUAGCGGAACAUGGGGACAAAGUGCUUCAAGCACGUUGGCAUCCUAGUGACUUUUCCAUCCUUACCACCAGUGCUGACAAGAGCGUCACCUUGUGGGGAUUGUCUGCAAACUGAAUAAUGUAGAAUUGGGGGCUUAGAAAAACAAAAGAGUACUUGUUAAACUGACACGGGUGGCAUAUUUUUAUAAUGACAGUUGUGGAAUACUUGCCGAUUAAUUCCUCAGAUUUUCAUUUAGAUAACAAAUAAUUACCUUUAUCGUAGUGUACCGAAAACAACAUGUUUCUUAAUGCUUUACAGUGUCCGUGUUUAAAUAUAUGGAAAUACAGUAUAAAUAAAAACUGUCUGUUCGAUUAAGAAUACAGUAUAGUAUAAUACAAAACUAAACCCGAUACAUAAAACGUUUAAUACUAUAAAGUGGAUGCUACCCGUACAAUGAACACUACCAGUUACUGUUGUGUAAAGCUGACAGUAACCAAAUAAAAAUUAUUAUACUAGAGUGUAAGAUUAUCAUACCGUUUAAUCAUGUAUGUUUAUCAUGUAAACAAGAUGAUUUGCAACUUCCUGAUGAAUUCGCAUGGUGUUUGUUGUAUGAAUGCUAUUUUUCAUUUACAGGUACAGGGUGACUGUAAAGAAAUCCCCCUUUUUCAAACGUUUAUCUUAAACAAAUCUUGACUCGCUGUAACUAAAUUUCACCAGGAUCACAUCGAAACCCAUACGUUUUAUUCAAGAAAGUCUGAACAUUGUUCAAAGUUUUUAAAAAAAAUAAAUAAAGUAUUCAAGACGCUUUUCGUCAUUCACAAGCAGCAUAGCCCAAGAGUUAGCGGUGGGCGGUGUUGAAUAGCUGCCUUCCCUCUAGUCUAUCACUUCAAAAUUAGAGACGUCUAUCGCAGAUAGCCCUCGAGUAGCUUAGCCUGCAAUUCAACAAACAUACUCAAUCAGCAUACCGAACUAUAUCUACAUGAAACUGUAACAAACACUUUUAACCCUCAGUGACACAGCGAUACGUCUGCGGACGUACAACGAUAGAAACCGGGUUUCGAUACCCGUGGUGAGAAGAGCACAGAUAGCCCAUUAUGUAGCUUUGUCCUUAACUUAAAACAAACACUUUUUUUUUUCUGGAUAUCAGAAAACAUUGAUUCUUACAAUAUCCUGUACACUGACACACUUUUUAUACAAAUCACUCAAUUUGUAUUGUGGGAAGAUAAAAUAAGAAUGCUAGCUUACGAAGAAAAAAAAUGACUUAAGUUUUAUCAUACGACUUUGAAACUUCAUGUACCACGUCUUUCCUGAAUAAAACUUAUGGUUUUGUGAGGUGAAAGUUUGUUCCCAUCGAACAAGUAGUUAGCUUUUAAGACAUAAUCAUUUUAAAUAUGGGAUUAUCUCUGUAAUCACUCGUAUAUAUAAAAUGAUAAAAACCUAUAACCCGAGC